AUGAACCUCGAGGAAGAAAACAGCAGAAACCCCCACAUAAAAGAAGCCCUGGAGAAGGCUCUUCCCUCCGAGCUCUCCCCCACGACAGAAGUCGAGAUACGCCUGGGACUUAUCAUGGAGAAAUCAACGCAGUCUCGGCUAAGCAUAAAAACCAUGCAUCCGUGCGUUAUUGAGAGGGCAGAUACUCUCUGGUUCGAUGCCUCCGUGGACGAGGCCCAUUUCAAGCAGAUGCAGGAGCACUUCCUGCGGGAGUUUAAGACGCGAGAGACUGUCCUGAUGCAGGAUACGCUGAUAAAGGGAAUGCGGAGAUCUGAGAUAAAGUCCGUAAACGGGCAGUCUGUUACGCGAGAGCCCACGAUCGUAAAGAAGAAAAAGCUUUUCUCCGUGGACAUUUUCUGCCCGGAGAACAAGUACGACAUCCGCGUGGGAGUUAGCGAGGAAAUCGUGCAGAAAGACACUCUCGGGGUACAGGCGAUGUGCAGCACCCGGGAGAAGAACAGAAGCACGUACUCCGGCUCCUCCUUCGUCAUUGAUGCAACAGAAGUCCGCACCGGGAAGAAUGGGGAGCACCUAAAAACGACAUUUGAGGUGGAGAUAGAGGCGAAGAGUUCAGAGUAUAGGAGAGACUGCUUCGUAAACAUCGUAAAAAACACGAUUUCAACCGUCCACGAGAUUCUUAAAUAA